CUUACACCAUUCCACGUUUUCAUAAGGUUUUAAGCAUGACUCUUGAGCCGUGUAAAUGGUAGGUUUGAUUGAAGCCGAGGAUCCGACCCAUGCGGAGGAUUUUGGUUCGGCACUAUCGUCUUGUGCUUAACCUUCACGAUGAUAGGCUUUCACACUUGUUCCGCCCGCACGAAGAAGGAACUCGGAUAGCUUCCGCGGUAAGUCCCCGAUGUUUUCUCCAAUGACGCCAGAUUCCCAAAUUCUCUCACAAUGGGGAGAGUAAAAAAAAAAAAGGGAAAAAAAGAGAAAAGGUCCACAAAAUUGGAGGCACUGCGGGAAGAGGGCCUUGGUGCUGAUAGUCAACCAAGAUCGCGCGGAUGGAUCCCACGUUAUCUCGUUUCCCCCGGUGAAAUCCCUCACUGCGUGGGCCGCCGCCACAACUCCUCUACAAGCCGCACUGGGCUAGGUCGAGGACAGCGGACCAAUACCCUCGUUGGUGCGGAAUGUGUGCCAUUGAGACAGACCGAUAGUGGCACAAUUAAGCGGCUUCUUUUGAGUUCGGUGGUAUUGGUUAGGGGUUGUUUAGUGGCCUGGGGAGCCACUUCACGGGCUGCACGCUCACGCUCACGCUCACCGUCAAUCAUAUACUGCCCCGUCAUUGACACUGGAUGGCCGACAUGUGCACGUGCUGCGCCAGUGGCUUGUUGGCCCAGAUUUUCAGCUCAUGCGACCGGCCGCUCUAGUCCAUGAUCUUCCCUGCAAGCACCCAGGAACAGAAGUCAAACCUGCCUCUUUGAGUCUGGAGUUACCCGAGCUUGGAAGAGGCGUUCCAGAGUAUGUGUGCCGUUCUCUCUUCUCGCUUCAGAUGUUCGGAAGAUUGCUGCCCGGACCCUAAAACGUGCGCAGUUGAAG